UUUAUGUCGAUAUCAUACGCUCAAGGCGUAGUUUUUCAGCUACCGUGCGCCUCCAGUUUGAUCCUUGAUCACUUCACUCCUCGCAGCCACCGCCACCGUGAAACGAUCAUACCUUCUCUCUUCGGCGCUGGAGCAUCCUCAGCCUUCUUUUCUACCGCAUGGAGCAAUACUGGAGAGGUAGCAGUAUCAAUAAGAAUGAGGGAAUGGUGCAGCACUUGCAGAGUUUUGGGAUCAUAAAAUCAAAGAGAGUUGCAGAAGUGAUGCAAACAAUUGACAGGGGUUUGUUUGUUCCAGAGGGUACAACCCCAUAUGUUGAUAGUCCUAUGCAGAUCGGAUACAAUGCUACUAUCUCUGCACCUCACAUGCAUGCCAUGUGCCUCGAGUUGUUGGAGAGCCAUCUUAAACCUGGCAUGCAUGCUUUGGAUGUCGGCUCUGGAACCGGUUAUCUGACUGCCUGCUUUGCUGUUAUGGUUGGAGCACAAGGCCGAACUGUUGGUGUCGAGCAUAUUCCUGAAUUGGCUGAAUUCUCGAUCAAGAACAUAGAGAAGAGUGCUGCAGCUUCGCUUCUGAAAGAAGGAUCAUUCUCAAUCCAUGUUGCUGAUGGUAGGCAGGGAUGGCCGGAGUUUGCGCCCUACGAUGCCAUCCACGUCGGUGCUGCUGCACCAGAAAUACCCCCAGCCCUCAUCGAACAACUGAAACCUGGUGGCAGAUUGGUGAUCCCCGUUGGGACAAUCUCACAGGAACUGAAGGUUGUCGACAAGAACGCAGAUGGCACGGUCAACAUCCAGAGUGAGACGGGUGUUCGUUACGUGCCACUGACUAGCCGAGAGGCGCAACUCCGGGACCGCUAAUUUUACGAGCAUGUCUUGUAUAUAUUUAUGAUAAGGCAACACAGUGUAUAACUCUGCGCUGCGUUCAUGAAAUAAAGCAACUCCGUGCAUAUGUAUUAACUCCGAUAAUUUACCUUCAUAUAUUGUUUCUUUGCUUUCUAAAUUAA